GCCAAACUGGACGGCCAGGGGAGUUAUUGUGUGGCGACCAAUCAGGCAGGAUGAGCUAUUGAUCGAGUGGAUCAACCGGAUCAGCACACUGACGACAAAGUUGGGGCUAAAAAUAGCCACGGUUACCUGGCUCACGGGAUCGAUGUGAGACAACGUCAGGUGUGGAUAUGAUUGAAUAUUGGCGAUAUGUGAUCGAUCGGUACACCCCAGUGGCAGACCCAAGUUGUACGUUGUUGUGUUAGACGCAGGUCUGUAGGAUGUAAGCGAAGGUUACACAGGUAAAUACAGGACUAGUUGCCAUGCCAACGAAAAUCGUGUACAAGCUUUACAAUUUACUUGGAGUAGCCGCAACCUUGACUGCUGUGACUUGUUGGGCGUGUGGUACCAUUGAAGAGACAGCGUACGUCGGUACAGUAGAGAUACAUUAUCCGGACACUGGACAGAAGUUAGAUGGACGCGGCCAGUCCCAACAAUGUAUCUGGACAAUCUCAGCCUACAAGAAAGACCUGGUUGUGUAUCUGGAGUUUAUCGACGUGAAUUUGUCCGCAAAUCUACUCAACGACACGUGUCUGAACAACAUCAAAGUUUAUGAUGGCUCCGAGAUUUCGGACAACCGACUCGCCAUCAUCUGCGGCAACGACGAGCCGACCCUCGUGACGUCAUCCAGGUACUCCAUGGUCGUCUUCACCUCCAACGCUUCCAGCGGAUAUGACGGCAGCUUCCGGCUCAGGUACAAGGCCGUCAAGGAGAGACUCAGCCAGACAGCCAGCGACCUACCCAAGCAGCCAACUGAUCCACACACACUAGACACUUCAUCAAUAAUGGAAGCCGAUCAGCCUACCAGCCAUCCAGCCAUGACUCGUUACUCAAGUGAGAUCUGCAACCGAGUGUUCACUCGCAAAGACGCUUUGACAAGACAUCACGACUCUGCACACGGUCGUCAGAGACAUCCCUGCACAACAUGCGGGAAAUGCUGUGGAUGGGAUUCCAGUGAGAGCACGGGAAUGUCGGAUCAAACGGAAACGGGUCUUGAUAUUGGACCAGAUGAAGUGAGAUUGUAUCCUGUACAGAUGAUCAAUACCUUUCAUGAGACUAAUCAAGGGGAUAUGAAUCUAGGUUAUGAGAGAGUGUUUGUACAGCGACCUAUAGGUGGAACCUUUAUUGAACCCCUUGAUGAGACACCACCACAACCCAACCCAACUUCUGACAGGGACAGUGACAUCAGGUUCCAUGAUGAGGAGGAAAGGUUGCAAACAUUUUCAGGGUGUUGGUCCGACUUCUACCCGGUCGACCCUAUCAGUUUGGCUAAAAAUGGUUUUAUCUUCAUUGGACCUGGCGACCUUGUCAAGUACUCCAGUCAAACCCUCCGCAUCGCUUUUGGCGGGUUUAUCGGCGCCAUCGCUUGUGUGGUCAUCUGUAGCGGGGGUAUCCGCCGGUACAUGAAGAGCAGACCCAGCCGGUCCCUGCACUUCUUCCUGGGGGGUCACCGCAUCAACAUCGGCCCGACGGAGGGGGCGGGUGCUAGGAACAGCCGGCGUGCGGCCAACACACAAGACACGCCCUCGGUCGGUAAACGAGUGACUCAGUUUUUCCAGAGGGUGGUAGCCAGGAUCAGGGGCGUGAACUCCCCAAGUGAACUCGCCAGGUGGACUAGCGAUGCCGCCCCGGGCGCCGCCAGAGAUGCCAGCACUGCGCAUGCCCACAGCGCUGACCCCCAGGACCUAGACGAGCACGACAGCUUCGGGUACCAGGCCAUCCCAGUGGCCAGCUUUACCUCCGACCCUGCGGCCGUCAAGCCGCCGACCUACGAGGAGUCGAUCAGCAACCUGAACCCGCUGUACCUGAACCCCCUCACCGGCCAAGCUUUCUACAACAACGGGUUCCAGAUCAAAGACGAGGACCGGGGGUUCGUCCCGGGGUUCAGCCCCCCGCCGCCCUACUCUGAAAGCUACACGUCACACGACGUGACGUCAGAAGGUGGCGUCAUGCACAUCUGCACGGGUCCGAAUUUCCGCACGUGCCAGAUAAACACCCACACCGUCGAGACGUUAACGCCCGUGUCCUUGACCCCGUCUACGGAAGCGCUGACCAAUAGAGUCCCUGGCAGCACAGAGGUCACUCAAAAAACAACGGAAGUAUCUGGCCACGAUGUUGAGCCCUCGGCGUGUGCUCUGUUCCCUGACCCACUACACACCAGUUCGGCACGCGCCAAGAACGUGCGGCCGUUAGACAUGGACAACACACACACAACACACCGCAGCACGGCAUCAGCUGCAAAGCCACCUGGCACUGACUCUACCACCGUAGCGUCCACUUGUAUGGUAGAUAUCACCUCAGUGCCUACCACCUCAGCGCCUACCACCACAACCCACACCAACACGACACCACCAACAAUAGCACCAACCUCCCACACCGAGCCAGCAUCUGCCAGUUCCUCUGAGCCCGAUCUGCCACACCCUACCGACACACAUACAGCACUUGUCAGUGACAUAACCCACAACACAUCCCCACAUACACGUGAACAGGAAACAGAUGAACCACAAAACUUCGAGACUCUCACAAUUGACUGUUUUCAUUCAGAUAACGACCACGAUGCCUAAACCACCACAUUCUGAAAUACCUUGUUACUUUUGACAUAAUUAUUCGUGCUGCUAAUUUAAAUACCGGUUCAUGUUUUAUACACAAUGUUAUUUUUUUUCCUGUAAUGGAAUGUCGAUUCCGGUCAUUGUAAUAAGCAAAGUGUAAGGGUUUAAGUAAGGGUGUGGUUAAGCUUCGAGGAGGGGUGGGGGUGGCUAAGACGUAUUGAUCACGUGUUAACUAUAAAUUUGUGAGGGUAUCAAAGUACUUGAUGUAAUUUUUGGACAAGCAGCAAUUUUCCUUGACAUUCAUUAGGAAAGGCACACAUUUUAAAAACCCACUUGUAUUUCCUACUCUGAUGUUAUUUCUCUUAUUUCAAGUUGUUUCCCUUUGUGAUGGGAGUUAACCCAUCAGUUUCUCUACACACAAAUCCUGUAAAAUAGUUACUGGAU